AUGUCUUCACAGCAGUAUUCCGAGGCCUACUUGGCCCAGAGUCGUGGGAAAUCGGCUGAGAUAGGCAUGUACGUUGUAACGGCGUUAUCAACACUUGUGGUUUUAGUCCGUUUAUACGCGCGAGGGUUCCUGAUCAGGGAUCCGGGGUGGGAUGAUUAUAUUAUUGUGGCAUCACAACUAUUUGCUUGGGCUGAUAUGGUGUUAUCGCUGAUGACUGUUCGUUAUGGUGCUGGCGAACACCUCAUGGCCUUGGUGAGCAAUCCGGCGAAGAUGGUCAAGAUGUAUAAAUGGCUUGUUGCUGCCCAGAUGGUAUACUUCGCGACUCUGUGGUUGUGUCGAGUGUCCGGUCUGGCAUUUUUUGCUCGUUUGAACCCGAUGCCACGGUUUAAGCUCUAUAUACGUUUGGCGUUCGCAUUCGUGACUGCGGUAUGGAUUUCGCAGGUUCUUAUUAUUGGCCUCCAGUGCAUUCCCCUUCAGGCAUUAUGGGACUCUAGCAUAAAGGGCACAUGCAUGGGCUCAACGCAAGUGUUCCUCGCAACUUCGGUGAUGACAAUCAUCUGCGACUCUCUUAUUUUGGUCCUACCCAUAAAGAUUGUAUGGAAACUACAAGUCAGUCUCGGAAGAAAAAUAACCUUAUUAUUGAUAUUUUGCUUUGGUAUCUUUGCGAUUGUUACAUCAAUCCUCCGCAUGGUCGCCAUGGUCGUCGCCCUUGAUCACCCGAGCGACAUUACUUGGUACUUCUCCGUCGUAAUGGCCUGGAGUACCUCAGAAAUCGCCGCUAUGAUUAUCGCUCUUUCUCUGCCCGCAUUAAGAGGGCUAUUCGGCUUUUUCCAACAGAAACGUUCUACAAAUCAGAGCAACUCUCGCGGUACGGGAUCCAUUGGGCUCACGUCCGUCCAGCAGUCCAAACGCCGCGUAUACAGCGGCCCAAAUGAUCAUCAGAACACGACCGGUGUUGAUACACAGAGGAGCUCGAGCCAAGAGGCCCUUUGGGAUAUUAAGGAUGGGCAGAACAUUCGAAUUAUGGAUACCGUCCAUGUGGAUGUCCAUGAUGUCUCACUUGAGCGGCAUAACUAA